CGCGAGGCGUCCUUCGGUUUCGGGCGGUGCGCGCAGGAAUGGGCGGGACCAAGGCAGUUGAGCGCGCAGAAUACCGGCGUCGGGAGCAGCCCAAGAUGGCGGCGGCCUUGCUCCGUGCUCCCCUUCGUUCCUGGAGAACUGGCUUCGGUUGGGGUUGCGGGCUGCGGCGGUUGAGCCAAACGCAGGAACCUCCAGGUUACCGCGGCUUUGUGGAGUCAACUGAUGAAUUCCAGUUCGUGGAACGCCUGCUACCCCCCACCAGGAUCCCAAAGCCACCAAAGCAUGAACAUUAUCCCACUCCUAGUGGGUGGCAGCCUCCUAGAGAUCCCCCACCCAACCUGCCCUAUAUGAUACGGCGCUCCCGAAUGCACAACAUCCCUGUCUACAAAGACCUUACACAUGGCAACCGCCAGAUGACUGUGAUCCGGAAAGUGGAGGGAGAUAUCUGGGCCUUGCAGAAGGAUGUGGAAGAUUUUUUGAGCCCACUGUUGGGGAAGACACCUGUCACCCAGGUUAAUGAGGUGACAGGUACCUUGCGGAUCAAGGGCUACUUUGAUGAGCAACUGAAAGCCUGGCUCCUCAAGAAGGGCUUCUGAGGUCUACUGAGCAGCCUGUGUGGACAGACUGGAGCCUGGGGAACC